GUUUAAACCGGUCACUUUUAAUUCAGGCAUUACUGUUUGUCCCGAUCCUUUUUGUUCGCUGGCUUUCUGCAUUGUGUCGGUUUUUUGGCGGAAUGAGCACAGUCACUCUUCGGUGGAUAGGAGAUCUCGAUCAAGAUAAGCGAGAGCAGGCCGGGUGUGUGAGUUCCUCGAGUGACCAAUAUCGUCCCAAGAAGAUAGAACUAAAGCCAGGUCAAAAGGAAAUUCGUAUCGGCCGGAUUAACACAAAGAACCCUCCGGACUACCCAAUAGAAAGCUGUAUCAAUGCCCGGAUGAUUUCCCGCAACCACGCCACCAUAGAGCGGUCUGCGAGAGGUGGAUCUAUAUUAUACGACCACAGCAUGAAUGGCACUUAUGUUAAUUACACACGAGUCGUCGGUGGUGUUACUUUAAAGCAUGGAGACAUCGUUUGCUUCGGCCACCUCAACGGAGCGAAAUUAAAGCCAGGAGAAAAAGUUUCUCUUUUUUAUUCAGAUCUUAAAUACAGGGUGGAGCUAAGCGAUGCACCCUCUAAAGAAAAAGAAGUUAAUUCUGCUGGAUCCAAAAAGCGAAAGACUAAUCCAACCCAACCUGGUUCAACUGUUUCCUCCACCCAACGUUCCGAUAUUGAGGAUGAAGCUUCUGAGGGCUCCGCAGAUGAAGUAAAGCGUUCGAAACCAAACUUAUCCUCGGCCACGUCGGUCCGCAACACAAACCGACACAAGACAUUCAAGAAGCCUAAUGCUAGCGCUAGCCGCCGAAAGCUGGAAGAUGACGAGGAAGAUUCGGAGGAAGAUGGUGAGGAGGGUGCAGACGACUCUUUUGUGGAUAGACGAUCGUCCUUGAGCACGAAGUCUUCUAAAAAGAAGACGAACGGGAUCGAAAAAAGCAAGAGGUCUACUCACGCCAAUUCCGCCUCACGCAAGCCCUCCGCCACCAAGAGUAGCCAUGCCAAGGAAAAGCGCGUCAAGUCCGGCAAAUCGAAGGGGAGCGUUGAUGGUGAUGCCGAAGGUAGUGGCAGUGAGAUGUUUCAUUAUGACAGCGGGGAAGAGUGUUCGGCUCGACCUUGUAAACAACCCCAGGACAUUGCAAUUGACUGGAUCCAGUGUGAUAAAUGCACUCUAUGGUAUCACCAAGUGUGUGUUGGCAUAAAACCGAGCGACGCAAACGUUGAUACUUACUACUGUCCUUACUGCAAAAAAUAGUUGAAUCUUUCUGCCAUCAUCGCAUCACCAUUGGAGUCACCAUUUGUUACCACCGCGCUGUACAUACUCUUUUUUCGGUCUUACAACUAAGCAAUAAUAUCGAUGUUGGUGUAGAUUUGUGCUCUAGCAUCCAAUCUUCACUCAGAGGACACUUCUGUACAGCCUCGUCGUCCAACUUAACCCACAGAGAACCCAUGUCUAUUUGGCCCUGUGUAACCGACUAUCAUCGUUGACUUUGAUCUACUUUGUAUCUCAUCACUUCCCAGUCACUCCUCAUCUGUGUAAAUGCUUGUACAUACUUCGUUUCCAUUGGACCCACUUGAUUAUGAGAGGUGAGACUGGGGGACUUAGGAUCCGGAUAACUGCUGUAUAUCGCUCAUGUAUUUUUAUUCAUUCUUUCGCUUUCAUUCACUCUUUCAGUUUAUGUUUCAAAUGUUGGUUGCCAUAUUUCUCCGCAUGUGAACAUUGUUUUGGUCGAAAUAAACUUUGGCAUAUA